AUGGCGCAACGCCAAGAACCCCAUAUUGAAGCCAGGGUUCCGCCCCUGGCGCCUCUCAUGCUGCGGUGUGGAUCCCGAGCCCUGUUUCACACUUCGCUCGAAGGUGUCGCCGCGGAGGGCCCAGACGAGGCCAAGCUUCAAGCACGCACCAGAUGGAUAGCCCGACGCUUCCGCCGAAAAGGACCUACGCCACCUGAGCGUAUCCGCUGCGAACUCUGGGCGGAUGGCUCUGUCGAACCCGGCGCGCAACCUGGCGCAGCAGAAAUGAUUUACCUCAACGGAGAGCCCACUGCUCAAGCAAAGUCGGGUGCGAGACCAAUGGCGCGCACCAGCCGGGCUGCAUCUAUCGUAUCGCAAGUGGGCCUGCAGAAAUUGCUGGACACCAUUCCCUGUCGCAACAAUCGACCAUGCAGAGUCCUCGUCUUCGCGGGCCCCCUGGCACUCCCAAUGGCACUCCAAACAGGCCCACUGACAGCAACAUACACCAUAUUGCGAACCCUAUGGAACCUGUUA